UGUCAAGUUGGCUAAUCCUAUAUUGUUUCAACCUUCUGUAAAUCCUUCUUUAAAUCAAACCCCAUUUUCUCUGCUUCUCUCAGAAGUGAAAACCUUCUCUAUCAUUGCAAGAGAAGAGGAAAAAAAGCCUCCUAAAAGUUUGGUUUUUCCAAGAGAAAACCCAAAGAAAUGAAGAACAGUAACAGCAAUCCCAAGCUGAUUCUCCUCCAUCCCUAUAUCCAAAAACAAGGAAGCUCUAACAGAUUAUGGCUCCUUGCUUUUAUUUCCUUCUUCACCAUUGCUUUCCUUCUCACUCUUAUAUACACCAGAGAGUCAAUUAUCAGUAAAACCACGGCCAUAAGCACAACCGUGACAGGCCCUAGCUCUUCUGUCUCUACCCUUGGUGGUGCACCAUUGCCAACCACUGUCAUAAACACCCUUCUCCAUUAUGCUUCAAAAUCCAAUGAAAGUUAUCACAUGGCAUACUCCGAGCUCAAGCCAAUCUCUGAUGUCCUACGGAAAUGUUCCUCUCCUUGCAAUUUCCUUGUUUUUGGUCUAACGCCAGAAACCCUUCUCUGGAAGGCAUUGAACCACAAUGGCCGCACAGUUUUCAUCGAUGAGAACAGGUAUUACGCCUCUUAUUUCGAAGAGUUACAUCCUGAAAUUGAUGCCUUUGAUGUUCAAUACACGACCAAGAUAAGUGAAACGAGAGAGCUUAUAGCAUCAGCCAAGGAACAGAUUCGCAACGAAUGUAGGCCAGUUCAAAACCUGUUGUUCUCAGAGUGCAAGCUUGGAAUCAACGAUUUGCCAAACCACGUUUAUGAAGUGGACUGGGAUGUGAUAUUGAUUGAUGGACCAAGAGGAAACGGACCCGAAGGUCCUGGAAGGAUGCAGCCAAUCUUCACUUCCGGGGUGCUAGCAAGAAGCAAGAAAGGGGGCAAUCCCAAGACUCACAUAUUUAUUCAUGAUUAUUAUAGAGAUGUGGAGAAAAUAUCUGGGAAUGAGUUUUUGUGCAAGGAAAACUUGGUGGAACACAAUAAUAUGCUUGCCCAUUUCGUGGUGGAAAGAAUGGAAGAGAACAGUUUCCAGUACUGUCGCAACAAGAGCAAUACAUCAUCGACAAAAGCUCCAUCUCCCUAAUUAUUACGUAUCAAGUUCAUAAAAGAUGAUCAUAUACAGUCCCAAAUCCCAAGUGUUCAAAAAUGGUAUAAAUUAAAGAGAGGCGGAUAUCGAUUAUUUAUCAUCAUUUGAAAUUUGUCUAGAUCGAUCGACCUUUCUCCAUGGGGUGGGGCGUCUGAAAAAAAAAAUUAUUAUUAUUAUUUUUUGCAAUGAAAAAUGUAAGUUCAUUGAUUCAGGACUUCAAAUUGUCAUCAUUUUAAAUUCUUCUCUUUUUUUUUUUUUUUUGGUUAUUUAAUGUCAGAGAGCAGAUGAGCAGUCACAAUUAUAAAAAAGUCUUACUAGUCAAUUAAGUGAAGAUGUUUUGUUUAAU